CCAAGAGCAAGAGCAUUCGAGCAACCGGUGAGGCUCUUCUUCUCUUGAGUCUUGAGGCCAGCCCAGCAGCACCGUGUUGGCGGUGUGAUGUGAUGUUAUGGACGCUUUGUUUUUCUUUCUUUCUUUCUUUCUUUUGUCCCUUUCUUCUUCCUCCUCCGCCCGCCCGCCGCUCUUUCUUCCUCCUCUCCUCUGCUCUGCUCCUUUGUUGUCCUAUAAAUCCUGCCCCCGGAGGCCUCCAUCCUUUCCAAUCUCUCCCAACCCACUCCAUUCCUUGUUUCAUUCACCCCUCCCCUCCCCUCCCCUACCCAUCUGGCCUACUCAUCUCAUCUCAUACGUAGAGAAGAGAUAUAGUGUGGGGAAGAAAGUGACCAGACCAGACCAGAGCAGACCAGCAGCUAGCCUAGGUCCAGCCCUUCCCCUCCUCUCCUCUCCUCGCGCCACCGCCCGCCGGACCACCCAUCCGGACCGGAGAUCCACCCAUCACAUAUACCUACCUUCCUUCCAUCCUUCCAUCCUUCCUUCAUUCCUACAAGCAAAGCAAAGCAGCGCAGAGCAGAGAGAGAUCCAGCACAGCAGACAAGUAGAAGCAAGAUGUUCGCCGACGCCGGCUUCAGCUUCUCCGCCUACUCUCCUUCCCCGCAGCCGCAGGGCUACUCAUACUCGCCCCCGCUCUUCUCCCACCCCUACCCCGACCACUCCUCCUUCUCCUCUGCCCCCAACACCGCUGCUCCGGCGCAACCGCCGCAACUCCCUCUCCCUCUCCCUCUCCCUCUCUUGCACCAGCAACACCAACAACAUCAAGCCGCCGCUGCACCCGACGACGACGACGCCUCCGCCGCCAUGUACCACCACCUGGGAGACAUGGGGCAGCCAUCCCUGAUAUCAGAGUAUGACCUUGGAGCAGAGGGCGACCUGUUCAAGGCCCCGGAGCCCAUAAUCGAGGAGCCGCUGCUGGCCCUCGAUCCCGUCGCCGCCGCCAUCUCCAUGAUGUCCGGCGGCGACAACGCCAUGGACGACAGCAUCAAGGUCUCGGACAUGGGCCUGAGCGAGGUGCUGUACGAGUGCGAGAAGGAGCUCAUGGAGAAGUCGGCCAUCGAGGAGACCAUAUCCGAGCUGCUGGACGUCAAGAUCCCCAUGCUGCAGGUCGAGGACGUGCCCGGGGAGCUCAGGGCCUCCUCGUCAUCGACAAUUGCCGCCGGCACCGGCGAGUGCUCGCUCCAGAAGAGCGUCAGCUCCGGGUGCCUCAACUCGGGCGACUGGAUGAACGGGUCGGCGGUGAGGCCCAACUUCCUCGACUUCCAAGGGCUCGACUUCGAGGCCGCCUUCGGGCUCCGGCGAGCCUACAGCGAGGGUGACAUUCAGCUUGGUGCCAAUACCCCUCGGCCUGGGAUCGCGGCAAAUGUGCAGGCAUCUGGUGAGAGGCUUGUGACCAUCAGCGACCUCAAAAGCGAGGAGAGGAAGCAGAAGCUCAACAGGUACAGGAAGAAGAAGAUCCAGAGGAACUUUGGCAGAAAGAUCAAGUAUGCUUGCAGGAAGGCUCUGGCGGACAGCCAGCCGAGGGUGCGAGGGAGGUUCGCCAAGAUGGACGACGGCGACAUGCUCAAGCCGAGGAAGUAGACGGGGCCAUGGAGGCCGCCGCGAAGCCGAUGAGGAGGGAAGACAAAGGUUGUUGCCAGGAGGGAAUUAUGCUGCUGCUGCUGCUGCUGCUGCUGGGAGAUGCUGCCAGUGGCUUUGUUGGCGUCUAGAAGCUUCUAGGUGAGGCGGCACCGCCUUCUAGGGUCAUGGCUGCCGUGCCGCGCUGCGCCGCCCGUCGGAAUUCAUUUCAGUCGCUCCAUCAAAUCCGUUCCGUUCCUAUGGGUGACAUUUUCUAUUUUCUGCGUUCGUUUGUAGUAGUAGUAGUGAUAAUAAUAUGAUGAUGGUCCUCCUCCCUGCGGUGCAAGAGAGUGGAGAGCCCUAGCCAGGCAGGCUCCUCUUCUUCUUCUGUGUACAAAGGCUUGAACUUGAAGUUGGUACUACUAAAUAAAUAAAACCCAGGCUCCUCUCUUGCUUCCCAUGUAAAAA